CAUUUUUUGUUUUUUUUUUGUAAAGGAAGAACAGAUUGUUCCGAACACCAAACCUGCAAACGACCUACUUUUCCGGAGCAAGUGUCCCGCGUACCGGAGAACGGAGCCGCUGUGGAUGUAAAUGAACCAUUGAACCCCUCUGAGACGACGGUUUCACCGACUUAAUAUCCAACGUUAGUGUUUCCGAGCAACUGCUUAGCUCGCCUUUUCUUUUCUUUUCUUUUUUAAAGCCAGUUAAGUUAGUUCUUGGAUAACAACACGGGAGGAAAAUGUCAAGAGAGCCGGUUGUCAUCACGCUGCAAACGGCGGCGGGGGCCCCGAGCUCCUUCCCCCGGGUGUUGAAGAAGGUCAUGGAAAUGCCGCCACCGAACAUUCUGGACGGCGACGACGACACCGACAAGGAAAAGCUGUUUCUGGGAGAUGACAUCGACCUGGGCGGGGGAGGUAGUGAUACGGGUCCAUCAGCUGCCCUGACUCCCGCCAUCUGGGAGAAAACCAUUCCUUAUGAUGGCGAAAACUUCCACCUGGAGUACAUGGACCUGGAGGAGUUCCUGACGGAGAAUGGCAUCCCCACCCUGCCAGACGUGGAGUGUCUAAAGAGCAUCGCCGAAGGACACUCCAUCAAGACGGAGAAAGCAAAGGCACCAGUGAAGGUUGCCAAGCCCGCCAGCGGGUCCCCGCUGGGCCUGCUGCCCAUCCAGGAUCUGGAUGGGGAAGUGGUGAUCAUCAGCAAGAGUGAAUCUGAUAUCAUCUGCGACGCUACUACAGAGGUGACCACCGAAGAUGGCAGAGAGACCCCCGAGCCUAUUGACCCCGACGAGAUUGAGGUCGACAUCAACUACGAGCCAGAUCCCACCGACCUGGUUCUGUCGAGCGUCCCCGGGGGCGAGCUGUUUAAUCCCCGCAAGCACAAGUUCUCUGAAGAUGAGCUCAAGCCUCAGCCUAUGAUCAAGAAGGCCAAGAAAGUGUUUGUGCCCGAGGAACAGAAGGACGACAAGUACUGGAACAGAAGGAAGAAGAACAACGUGGCCGCCAAGCGCUCCCGCGACGCGCGCAGGUUGAAGGAGAACCAGAUCACCGUCAGAGCGGCGUUCCUGGAGCGCGAGAACGCGGCGCUGCGAAGCGAAGUGGGCGAGCUGCGGAAGGACUGCGGCCGCUACAAGAACACGGCAGCCCGCUACGAAGCCAAAUUUGGACCACUUCCGGCGCUGGAAGACGACCAAUAGAAAGCAGUUGAUUUAUUUUAAAUGAAUGAAUAGAUAAGUCCAACUUGAAUCGAUCAGAUGAAGAGGAGGAGGGCAUCGGCGGGUGUUGCCAUGGAGAUGCAAUUGGAUGCAAAGAGCUGAUAUCUAUUUUUCCUUUGUGGUUUUGUUUUUAGAAUUGGAUUUAGUAUCCAUGUGAAUGAGAGGAUGUUCAAGUGCUUCUUCAGUACACCACUUAGAUGUGUACUUUUAUCAUGUUUUGUACGCCUUUGGCCAAAAGAGAAUUUGUGAUGUUUUGGAGAAGCUGGGUUUUUAUCCUUUCUUGUUUUUUUUUAAUGAUGGCCGAUACUUCUGUAGCAAUUGCAAUAGUUUAGACGAGAUCAGUCAUCAUUAAGGUUGUAGAAACAAUGACUUACCGGUUGCUUCCAAUUCUUUACACGUUUGAUUUAAUUCUGAAGCCCGCUGACUGUUUUUGUUUUCAAAUGUUGUAUUAUGUGAAGAGCUGGGCUUUUCUUUGCCCACAAAACAAACUUCCUAACUGCAACAUUCCCAAUAAUUUCAACCUCUUCAGGGAAUUUUGGUGGCGUGACAGAAAUAAAGCGUGUGCGGCCGUCUCUUCUUUUCAGUACUCGUUACCAGAAGCUCACACGCUCUGCUCUCCCACUUGUGCUGUUCUUGUCACAUAGAAGGUCAUCAUGUGUGAACAAUCCACUGAUGUACUGUACAUAAAUGUAGCAUAAUAUUAUACUUUCAUGUUCUCUGCAUUCAGUACCGUUUUAGCCACAUGUCAUCAGACAACUUGUCUUGUGUGCAAACUGCUUUGUCGUGUCUCAGGUGUGUACGCUGCCCGUGUCUGUUCUAAACAGAAUUUUGUUUUGGGUUUUUUUCCUCUGCCGUACUAUAUUGAGGACAUCAGUAACUCCAAGCCACUUGAAGGCCAGCCGCAGUCUGCUUGUUUACAGGACGGCAUGUUGUACAGAUUUUACUCCAUUAAUAAAAACAAAGCUAUUUUGUUCUUCUGCAGGUUGGCUUGCAACCAAAAAUAAAUCAAAAUAUUGUUGUUUUUUUAAAGGGAUUCCCAGGUGUAAAUAAUAAAAUGUAAACCACUAAAGUUGUUUUUUCCAGUAGUCCACCCUCCAGUAAAACCCUUUUACCUGUUUUACGUUACGCUUUCUUCUUAAACUUACCAGACGAAGGGCAAUCUUUCUUAUUCAGGACCGUCACAUUUAUCCAGUGAUUUUUGUGGAAAUAAUUGUACUUCCAGCAACAUUCUCCGUUAAAAAGUGUCCAGUGCAAUUUCUACAAUACAUUUUUCUGCUUUAAUAACGAUUAUAUCUGGAACAGGGCGAUUUAUUACCUUUUUUGGGGGGGUAUUUUGAGUAUGGCUACCUUUUGUGUCUUGUGUAUAUAUUGUAUGUAUAAAUAAAGCCUUCAAGUGUUACGUUA